AUGGUGUCCUGCUCUGACGAUGUCCAUCACACGACGGACGAAAGCUCAGCAAGGAUUCAUCGGGAACGCAUGGCGGUGCGCCGAGGACCUAUUCUCACAAAUCUACAACCACUGCUCCAAGGCCACUCCCCACGGCCUCCGGUAGAACCAAUUCACGAGUCCCUUCCAUUCGCCUCUUCAAACAAAAUUAAAUGUAUUCCAACCUUACUGCUUCAGCCACAGACUCCGGCCGUCGGACAGACACUAGCAUCAACGGCAUCGGCAGCGUCAGUGGAAGGGGUGUAUUUGUGGACGAAAGACGCUGAAGCGGACGAGACUUGGCAUCGCCGGACCAGUGCAUGCGAAUCCCACGGCUCCGGAAUGUCUGACGAAGGCAGAUUUGAGGCGUCGCUGCAUGCGGGCUCCAUGAGUCUGGUGCCGACCGAAUCGGUCAGAUUAGGGGACGGGAUCGCGGAUCUUCGUGACUCCACACAUCUUUUCUUCCCGAACAUGUCCGCUCGGCCACGGCUGGUGCACGAGGAUGCGUUCGAGUCUUCUGCCGAGACUGGUUCCGUGUUUAGUUCGUCUGGCGGCAACUCUGGCUCCGAAAUUCCUGUAGAACUGGCCUCAUCCAGCUCGUUGGAUGAAGAGUACGAAGAUGAAGAUUAUGACGAGGAUGAGGAGGAUGAUGACGACGAUGAGGAGGAGGAGGAGGUAGAGGUAGAGGACAACUUGUUGAGGGCUAACCCCGGGGCAGAUCAAGAACUUGGUGUGGACUGUGCUUUGGAUCCUGAGCCCGAGUUCAAAAAGAGUGAAAUGAAGACGGGAAUGGUCGAGGAUUUUGGAUUUAAGUUUAGCGGACGAUUUGUCGAUGAGUCAACGGAUUCGACAAUGACGGAGCCGGAGGAUGAGACGAAAAUGUGCCUGUCAAAAGAAGAAGUUGUCCCGGAGCAACCACCUGAAGAUAGGAGAGAACCGUCGGCGUACGGGUUGUACGAACCAACGUCCAGGCGAGAGAGUGUCCCCGUCGCGGGGAGAGAGAUAGAAGCAAGAGAGAAAAAAGAUGCCAUACCCACUCGCAAAUUGUCGAGAAUUCCAAGUUUAGAAAGGCAAGUAGGUCACACUUAUUGUGGCUGUUGGUUCUUUUCAGUAUUCAUUGGAUGUGAGUAG